AUGAAGUGGGAACUAAAGGAACUGAAGGCCGUUCCCCUUAUCACUAGACUGAGGAAAGCUAAUAUCCCUUGGAAAAUAAUAAGAAAGCUGUGGUAUAGAAGAUUCCGGACAACAAGAACUAUUGGCUCUCUGCGCGGCCAGUGGUAUCGAUUUAGAUGGGGUUGGGUCCCCAAAGAUGAGGAGAAUGAUGGGGUGGAGAAAAGCCCGCCAGCAUCCCCUGAGCUUAGGAUAACAACAGAGCCAGAGAAAUAUAUUGAGGAGACACUCGACCAGACAUGCCGUUAUUUGCCUCCAUCUGGAAGACAAUCGAUCAGGAGUGUCUCUCCAAGCCCUGAGCCAUCUCCAGUGCCAGUGUCUGAGGGCCCUCAAACACCUCCGGUCCAGCCACCAAUUAAACCUCCGCCAGAGACCCUUACCCUGAAUAUGGUCAAGCAAAAGCCGGCUCGUCCACCGCUUGACAAGGAGCAGGAACGACAGUUGAUGAAGAUGUCACUUGAAUACUCCAGUGAUCAGACAGGCAGCAACUACCAAUAG